UUCGUGUAGGACCGUCGCUCUGCCUUGGCGCGCCGACGUUUAUAAGUCGGGGAGACGGGUCGACCGAGGACUGCGCGGUGGGAGCGGCUGGAGUCCUACAAUGGCUACUACACAAUCUAUCUUUAUAUUUGCACUCUGCGUUUUAAUGAUAACAGAAUUAAUACUGGCUGCAGAGAGUUACUAUGACAUUCUAGGAGUUCCAAAAAAUGCAUCUGAUCGCCAAAUUAAAAAAGCAUUUCAUAAACUAGCAAUGAAGUAUCAUCCAGACAAAAAUAAGAGUCCUGGAGCAGAAGCAAAAUUCCGGGAAAUUGCAGAAGCAUAUGAAGUCUUGUCUGAUGAAAAUAAACGUAGAGAAUAUGAUCAAUUUGGUCACGCAGAAGGACGACGGACCAAUGGAAACCCCUUUCAGCAUUCAUUUCACUUUGACUUUGAUCGCUUCCUUAAAGACUUUAACAUCUUUGGUGAAAAUCAUAAUGCAAAGAAACCUUUUGAAAAUCAUUUUCAAAGUCAUCAGGAGGCUGAAAGCAGACAAAGACAUGCUUUUCCAGAAUUUACUUUUGGAGGGGGACUGUUUGAUGACAUGUUUGAGGAUAUGGAAAAGAUGUUUUCAUUUGAUGGGUUUGAUAGCACACACCGGCAAACAAUGCAGACUGAAAACAAAUUCCAUGGAUCUAGUAAGCAUUGCAGAACUGUGACACAGCGGCGAGGAAACAUGGUGACUACAUUCACAGAUUGUUCUGGACAAUAAUUACUUUGCAGUUCCUUUUGCUCUAUGCUGCCCUUAAUUACCUUUUGGCUCUAUUCUUUGCUGCUGAAGCACAGAGGUUCUGCAAACCAUGAAUUUGUAGUUUAAUCACUUUAAGUGCUGAAAGUAAGUUGUAGCUAAACUGAAAUAUUACAAGAAGUGCAACAAAACAAGAUGGAAUGACUAACUUAUUCCUUUGGCUGCAUAUGUGCAUGUGGAGAAAAUCUCCAUAUGACAGUGUUAGAUUCUAUUUUUAAUAACAGAAGCAAGGUAACCGAAUUACCUCACUGUUCAGUUUAUAUUUUACACUCGGCAAACUGUUGAUUUAAUGGUAUACUAGAUGAUAUUGUCAGGCUCCUGUUUCUAGAAGUGUUAACUGGUGAGUGCUUGUGUGGUUCUCUGUUUUUAAUUAACACAGAAUUUACUAUUGUAAUUCUGAGUUAUUCAAGUUGACAGUAAUGACUUACAAAUACAGUAAUAUAUUUAAAUAUGGUGUAUUUUGAAUUGCAUGAUUUGAUUUAGCAAAACUGACAUUUCAGGUGCAAAAGAGCUUUGAUUGUAUAGGUUUGUACACAAACAUGUAUUUAAAAUCUAUAUAUAAAUACUGCUGAAACAUCUGUAACCUUUAGAAAACUAAUUGUCUGAAAAUACAGAAAUUGGGGUGAGUGGGAGGUUGAAUUUUUGGUAGUAAGUAACUGUGCCCUGGGAGUAAGGUAAGUUACUGUUUUAUUUAUUCAGCUGCCUAAAACACUAUAAUAUAGGGGCAUGAAACUAUCCUAUGCUGAAUUAGAGGCAGUACUACAGAUUUGUACAAAAUGUUUCAAAUUCAAAAUAGCCUGUGACUUCCCAAAAGGUGUUCUGGUACUGUUGCAAUCAUACAGUACUGGAAAUAUUCCAAGCUUGACACAGUACCAUUUCAAACUGAGACCCAAAUGAUGGUUUUAAGUUUGGAACACUUUUGGAGUAAUCACAACACCAUCAGAAAUGCUUCCUAUAAUGUUGAAACAGCUCAUUUCAAAUUUGAAGUACCUGUUUUAAACUUGAAAUGAGAUGUUUCAAGUUUGAAAAACUUCGAAUUCAUAAUGUUUUAUAUACUGUUGCAAUAUUGCUACCCAGCUAAAGUGAUUAUAUUGAGCAAGUGACAGUUGAUUUCUUUUUUUAAAAAAAAAAAAUCAUACCACUUGGUAAUCUGUUGCUACUCCAAAUUUCAAGCCUCCUGCAUGACUGCAUAUUGUAGAAGUGUGAAAUCUAAAGAAAAAUAAGUUACUUGGUCAUAAGCUAAAUUUUUAGAAUUGCUGAGAAAGUGGUCCUCCUACUUACAUGUUAUCAUUCAUUGAUUCUUUUCAGUAUGAAAGAGAACUCUACUGUAUUAAUGUAGAUGCUAGGAAAAGCCUUCAUGGAUUAGUACUUCAUUCUUAGUUGGUAGUUGGGUUUCCUGCAAUAUGCUGUAAAAAUCUAACAAGACUUCAAAAAAUCACGUUUGUUUCAGCUGUACUAUAUAUGUAAAAAUAUUUUGUUCCUUGAGAAUAAUGGAUAACUCCAGUUUCCUUCUCCACACUGGUAAAUGAUGAGGAUGCUGUUAUAAGUAGUAAAGCACCUUUGAUGUAAAA